UCUCCGUUUGAAUACGCGGCAGCGCAGCGGCGCCGGAGUCGGAUUGCGUCGGAUGUUUUUUCUGCUUAUUCGACACCGAUGAGACGCGCAGGCUCGGCUCGGCGCCUAAUUAACGCUGCCGCCGUAGGUAAUGCAGAACAUCUAGGAAGUGGUGGUCUCCUGGGUUUUUUUCCGUCGCUCCCUCCUCCCGGCGACACGCCGGUGGCACCGCAUGAGCACAGGCUGGCAACCCCGCUGUUCCCGACCGGUAACAUGGACCUGCAUAUACUGGACCACAGGCUGCGGGUCACGAGCAUAGCCAAGAACGGGCUGGUGAAUUUUACACACCCGCUGAUUAAACUGAUAUUCCUCCGGAACAGGACGCGAUGCAAAUUUCUCAGUCUAACUGAAACACCUGAGAAUUACACCGUCGUCCUUGAUGAAGAAGGAUUCAAAGAGCUCCAGUCCUCAGAGCACCUCCAAGUGGAGAGCUCAGUCUGGCUGCCACUCAACGUGGUCUCCAACGGCAACGCCUCUAGCAGCUCCCAGGCGGUAGGCGUGACCAAGAUCGCCAAGUCUGUCAUCGCUCCGUUGGCCCAGCAGCACGUGUCCGUCUUCAUGCUCUCCACCUAUCAGACGGACUUUAUCCUGGUGAGAGAGAAAGACCUGUCGAUAGUCAUCACAACCCUGGAGGAGGAGUUUAACAUCUACCGAGAGGUCGAAGGGGAGUCUGUCCCCCUACAGAGUCAGGAUGUGCACAACGGCCUUCAGAAGAACGGCAAAGAAGCCAUGCAGCCUACAGUUCAUCCGGUUCUGAUCCCCCAGAACCAGUUCUGUGUCAUGUCCCUCGACCCAGACACGCUGCCGUCCAUCGCAACCACCCUUAUAGAUGUACUCUUCUAUUCCAACAGCCCGCAGGGGGAGGCACAGUCGACCCCGAGCCAGGGCCUGGACUGCAUCAAGUUCUUCUCCUUCUCCCUCAUCGACGGCUACAUCUCCUUGGUGAUGGACACUGAGGCUCAGAGACAAUUUCCUGCUGAUCUCCUCUUCACCUCCUCCUCUGGGGAGCUGUGGAGGAUGGUGCGCAUCGGAGGACAACCUCUCGGCUUUGAUGAGUGUGGCAUCGUUGCCCAGAUAUCUCAGCCACUAGCAGACAGCGACAUCUCUGCUUACUACAUCAGCACUUUCAGCUUUGACCACGCACUGGUCCCUGAGGAGGAUAUCGUGAGUGUGACUGAUAUGCUCCAUCAUCAGAGGAAAGAGCCAGCAGCGAGUGGUGUCUCCCAUCCCAGUCAGAUGUUCCUGGUCCCGAUUGCGACCCCUCCUCCACUGCAGUAGCCUGGGGGAAGAGGAGGUUAACCGUGCCUAGACUAGGCUGCAUUGCCAGCAGUAUUAACUACUAUGAACUCCUUGCCAUGACUACCCGAAGCGCUUCUCUGGGGGGGGGGGGCGCUUAGGCCUCUUGUCUUACCUAACGGGCAAAUGCGCUUACUUUUUGGCGGGCCUGUCAUCAUCACACUCAUGCACCAUCAGAUGUAAAACACACCGGCACACACACACACAAAAGCAGAUAUGUACAACUCUGUUUUUUCCUCCUCCCCCUUUUUUUUCUCCCUUUUUCUCAGAUAAGUACACACACACACAUUCACAAGCACAAAAGCAGAUGUGUGCACAUUUGUAGGUCUCUAGUUUUUUCUCUGCCUCCCCAUCUUUCCCUUCUCUCUCUCUCUCCCUCUCUCAUUUGAACACACAUGCAGAGAAACACAAAUGCAGAAACACUCCCAACUGUCAGAUCUCUGGUCUGAAGUGGGUCGCUCCUGUAAACAUUACUUGGCCGUUCACAACAGUACACAAUGAAUAAUCAUGAAUCACUCUUGCUGUGAACACACAACCGAGUCUUCCAGUGGUGUUAGUAUUGUAAUGUCAAGUGUCCGAACGGCCCAUUUGUGUCUUGAGGUCAUUGCCAAGAACUGAGUUUUUGUUUUUUUUUUCUUCCCUUUAUUUUGUGAAAACUCAGUAAAGAGUGAGGUUGAGGCCUGUUUAAGUGGUCAUCUGGUGUUGACUUUUGGCAAAGGGAAAGUCUAAGCUAUUAUUUAUCCUUACCAGGGAUAAGACUCAGUUUCUGUUGAGGAAGAAUGUGCAGUUUUUGUCGUAUUAGAAAUAAAGACCAUGUCACAUUCUGUCAGUCAUGGCAGCGAUGCUGGUCAGUGGAAUUUUACAGCGGCACAAGUAUUUUUCUGUCUUUCAAAGGGUCAACAUUUCUUAACCUUUUAACACUAUACCCUUAGGUCAGCACGAUGUCUUACGUCUAGUUAUUUGCACUCCAAGACUUAAGUAGCUACUAUCAUUUAUAUAAGUUUUCUUUGGUACAGUAACAUUUUGUAAAAUUUGAAGUUAAACCAGUAUUUGGUAAAAUGUUAUUUUGUGCUGCCUCGUGGAAUAAAGAGAAUUGAA